CGUCAGCGCGUAGGGCUGGGUUAGUCCGCCAUCUUGGCUCAGACUAGCAGGUUCUAGCUGAGAAUCUGAGGAGGUUCCGACAAAGCGAGACCGAACCGGGGAUUUCUGACUAACUGGACCGGAACCAGAGGCCCGAACCGAACCGGACCCCCGCUCCGCUCCGCCCCCCAUAGAGCGGAACACCAGAAGUAUUGGGCUGAAACUUAAAGAGGAACUGUUGCUCCGGUUUGGAUCCAUGACAGUUAGAAACUUCCGCAAAACAGCCCGAACCGAGCCGGAACCGGAACCGGUACCACAGGACCGAGACAGGUGAUGCUGCGAGCCAGCUCGCUGUGACCGAACCGAACCGAACCGGUGCAGCCCGCUAAGUUUCAGACCGGAGCGGCUUGAUGAGCGGAGCUCCGUCAGUCUGACCCGGGUAACAUGUCCGCCAGGAGCCCGCUGCCCACCGUCAGCGAGCGGGACUCCGAGCAGGUUGCCUCUGGGGAUGACGGGCGCAGCGAGGCGACGUCCCGCUCCGUGCGCUCGGCCCGCUGUAAAAACUCCUCUGCUGUCUCUCGAGAUGAUUCUCCUCAAGUGGGAAACUACCGGCUGCUGAAGACCAUCGGGAAGGGAAACUUCGCCAAAGUGAAGCUGGCUCGCCACAUCCCUACAGACCGGGAGGUGGCCAUCAAGAUCAUAGAUAAGACCCAGCUGAACCCCACCAGCCUGCAGAAGCUCCUCAGAGAAGUUCGAAUCAUGAAGAUCCUGAACCACCCCAACAUCGGUGAGUCCCUCAUCCACCCAGAACCAGACGGGCUGGAGAGGUCCAGCUGUGUUCCAGCUGUGUUUCCUCAGAUUGUCUCUGCAGUCCAGUAUUGCCAUCAGAAGCACAUUGUUCACAGGGACCUUAAGGCGGAGAACCUCCUUCUGGAUGCCGACAUGAACAUCAAGAUCGCAGAUUUUGGCUUCAGUAACGAGUUCACGCUGGGAGGAAAGCUGGACACGUUCUGCGGGUCUCCUCCGUACGCUGCUCCAGAACUCUUCCAGGGUAAGAAGUAUGAUGGACCAGAGGUGGACGUGUGGAGCCUGGGAGUCAUCCUCUACACUCUGGUCAGUGGAUCUCUGCCAUUCGAUGGACAGAACCUGAAGGAGCUCAGAGAGCGAGUUCUACGAGGCAAAUACCGGAUCCCCUUCUACAUGUCGACCGACUGUGAAAACCUGCUGAAACGCUUCCUGGUGCUGAACCCUGGAAAGAGAGGAACGCUGGAGCAAAUAAUGAAGGAGCGCUGGAUCAACGCUGGAGAUGAAGCUCAGCUGCAGCCGUACGUGGAGCCGGAGCUGGACAUCAAAGACCAGAGCAGGAUCGACCUCAUGGUCCAGAUGGGUUACUCCAGAGAGAAGAUCACAGAUUCGCUCUCCAAGAUGAAGUACGAUGACAUCACAGCCACCUACCUGCUGCUCGGACGCAAGGCUGGAGAGAUGGAUCUGGCCUCCACCUCCCUCCUUAAACCUCAUCCUUCCAGCAGCAGCCAUUCUCCAGCCCACCUCCUCAACCAGCGCACCUCCUCCUCCUCCUCUUCCAGGCAUAGGAGGCACAGCGACCAAGUGAGUCCCGUCUCCUCCACCACUGCUGCUUCCCGGAGGGGCCAGGCUGCGGUGGAGGCGGAGCCAAAGCAGGAGGUGGGAGCCCAGAACAGGAAGCCCGGUGCCGGAGAGGCGCGCAGUCCGUUUCUCGGCAACGCCAACAACCCCAACGUAGGAGACAUCCCUGAGCGCAGGAACACACCUGCUGCAGCCACUACGGCGGCGUCGAGCAUGACCAGGAGGAACACAUACGUUUGCAGCUCCUCAGACCGCACGUCCUCCUCCACCGUCCACAAUGGCAAAGAGAACAGCUCGUCCGGCACCCCCACCAAGCGCUCGGUUGGCGGAGCCUCUACUCACAGCGUCAGCAGCGGAGCCACGCCCCCCGACCGGCUGCGAUUCUCCCGCAGGACGGCGAGCCGCAGCACCUUCCACGGAGGGCAGCUCAGAGAGCGACGCACCGCCACCUACAAUGGGCCGCCCGCCUCCCCCAGCCUCUCACACGACGCCGCCCCCCUGGGCCAGGCCAGAGGCUCCACCAACCUGUUCUACAAGCUAACAUCCAAGCUAACCAGAAGCCGCAACGUGACGUCAGAUCAGAGGGAGGAGCCUGCCUCCCCCGCCGCGCUCCACUCCAAGGACGCCAAGCCGCGCUCUCUGAGGUUCACCUGGAGCAUGAAGACCACGUCCUCCAUGGAGCCUCUGGACAUGAUGAGGGAGAUUCGGAAGGUCCUGGACGCCAAUAACUGCGACUACGAGCAGCGGGAGCCGUUCCUGCUGCUCUGCGUCCAUGGCGACGGCCAGGCCGACAGUCUGGUCCAAUGGGAGAUGGAGGUCUGCAAGCUGCCCCGCCUCUCGCUCAACGGAGUUCGCUUCAAGCGCAUUUCAGGAACGUCCAUCGCUUUCAAAAACAUUGCUUCAAAGAUUGCCAAUGAGCUCAAACUAUAGGGGACGGGGGCGGGGACAAGACUGACCUGGACAGGAAGGAGCCGCCUCUGUAGUCCUGGACAGUCUGAGCUGUCUGUUGAUUGGACGCUGGGCUGGGUGGGCUUUGCUGCAAAGCAUUAUGGGGGUCUGUGUUUUUGUGAAUGUAAAUAGUUUGUCACAUUUUUGAUUUUCUACAUGUGAGCGACAGCAGCUGCCUGAAGCUCCGGCUCACCUGUGUCUCAUUAAACACAUUGAACGCAGCACGGCUUCCUGUUUUC